AUGGUUGAAAAAAGUUCAAUUACUCACAAAUCGAGUAAAUUUGAUUUGGAUGAUCUAAAUUGGACAAACAUGAUUCCAGAAUGUCCAGUAUACCAUCCAUCAGAACAAGAGUUUGAGCAUCCUUUAGUUUAUCUGCAGAAAAUUGCUCCCGAGGCUUCUAAAUAUGGUAUAUGCAAAAUUGUUUCUCCAAUUAGUGCCUCUAAUCCUGCUGAGUUUGUCUUAAUGAAAGAGAAAAAGGACUUCAAGUUUGAAACAAUUGUACAGCCUCUUAGGCUUUCCAAAUGGAAUGAGAAGGAUAUAAUAACCUUCUCUAAGAGAGGAAGAAAAUUUACAUAUCAAGAAUUUGAGGCUAUAGCAAACAAGGCAUUUUCCAACAGAUUUUGCAGUUCAGAAGAUCUUUCUUCGUUAGAUAUCGAAAAAGCGUUCUGGCAUGAAAUGAUACAUGGAGAGAAGGGAACAGUUGAGUAUGGAGUCAACAUUGAGGGUAGUGUCUUUUCAUGCGAUCCUGAUGAUAAACUUGGAACAAGCAAAUUCAAUUUGAAGAAUUUGGCGCGGCUGCCGCAGUCUCCGUUGCGUUUAGUUGACAGAGGAAUUCCUGGAAUAACUGAUCCUAUGCUUUACAUUGGGAUGCUAUUCAGUAUGUUUGCAUGGCAUGUAGAAGAUCACUAUUUGUACAGCAUAAAUUAUCAUCACUCAGGUGGAAGUAAAACUUGGUACGGCGUGCCUAGCUCUGCAGCCUCUCAAUUUGAAAAGACUGUCUUGAAUCAUGUGUAUUGCAAAAAAAUCUUAGCAGAACAUGGAGAGAAUGGUGCAUUCCAAUUUCUUGCACAAAAAACAACCAUGUUCCCUCCUAAUGUCUUGUUACAACAUGAUGUGCCGGUUUACAAGGCGGUGCAAAAGCCAGGAGAGUUUGUCAUCACCUUUCCUAAUUCAUAUCAUGCUGGAUUUAGUCAUGGUUUUAACUGUGGAGAAGCUGUAAACUUUGCUAUUGGUGAUUGGUUUCCAUUUGGGGCUGCAGCAAGCAAACGUUAUGCACAUCUUAAAAUUCUACCUAUAAUUCCAUAUGAGGAACUUGUUUGUAAAGAAGCAAUGCUUAUCUACAAUUCCUCAAAAGACAGAAGUUACAAAAGCAAACUCGAAGUCAUGGCAUCUUAUUGUGCCAUUGAACAGUCUUUCUGGCAUCUUAUGCAAUAUUAUAAGACAUCACUAUCGCGAUUGAACAAUUCAAGAAAGUCAUCAAGCUCUUCAAAUACAUCAAUAGGUUCUGUAACAUGCAGCCUCUGCCAUAGGGAUUGUUACGUCGCUUACUUGUUGUGCAAGAAAUGCUAUUCACAUCCAAUUUGCCUUUUCCAUGACGUUGUGCCAAAAACUUGCUUAUGUGGGGGAAAAUAUACUGUUUUUAAGACGAAUGACAUGUCAGAACUCGAAGAUGCUGCCAAAAGUUUUGAACAGAAUGAUAAUCGGCAUGAAGAAAAAAGUGCUAGAAGAACUGUUAACUCUGCAAGGGCAGUAUCUUCUAAACUGAAAACAAGAUUAACGGACAACGUCAAGCACAAUGUUGAAAAGAAUCAAAAGAAGACAAAGAAUCGUCGUAGAAACAAUGCUUCUCCAUCGGUGAUGAGUGCCAAAAGACCUCGAACCCUUUAUAACUUGAGAAAACAUGAAUCAAAAUUGAUCAUAGAAGCUCCUGCAAUAUCUUCUCGUUUUGAGAUCUGA